AUGGAUUUGCCGGAUGAUCGUGAACAGGCUGUGCAGCGGUUACUACGCGAAGUGCGUCAGUUUGCAGCUGUUCCUCAACUAUUCUGGGGGAUUUGGUCAUUUCAACAAGCGGAAAUUUAUCAGGAUGCCAGUUUCGAUUAUUUCAAUUAUGGCUUUGAUCGUUUGGCAUUGUAUUAUUACUGGAAGUCAGAAAUGAUGCAGUAUUUGAACCAGUAA